UCGGAUUUUGUCACGUGAUGUCACUGGCUGCCGGAGAACACGGAUGGACUAGUCACAGCUUUGUGCCGGUGGAGUCAAUCAAUUUCAGGGCGGCAAAUAUCUCCCUCGAAGAGAUCCGCAACUUGUGGAUCUCGCACCUUCCAGAGGUCAAAGAGAAGACAAAAAGUGUUGGAGACAGAAGCAGACUGGCGAUCACACAAGAACAAGAUGUGGCAUUGUUGGCUCCAUACUCCAAGCCAGAAACAUUCUGCAAGUUGCCAGGCGCCGAGGCGCACCUCACCUGUAGUUCCUCACGCGCCACCUGGCGGGCCGAGCUCUCACCGACAGAUGGCACUUCACGCCAACGAGGUCUGGCAAACGGCAGUCGACUGCAGGUAAAGGUAAGCUAUCUGCAUUUACCAUGAUGAGUUUUCUUUCGCCUCCUCACCUCCUUCUCUCUCUCUGGUUUAGUUCAUACUCGAACUCUGACCGUUUUCAGAAGCAGGAGCCUUUUGAAAUGAGGUUGAUGUACUGUAGGAGGGACCAGCCUCACUCUCACACCUGGCACACAGCUGCCCACACUUCUUACUCCCUGAUGCUUUAUGUUCAUCCUGACCUGAAGCUCUUGACAUAAAGUUCACAGUUACCACCUCUGUCAAUCUCUGUAUUUUCUUCGUACGACCAGACACAAGGUUCAGAACUAUGAUAGCCGUUGACCAGUAAUACGACAUAACCACUGCUACACAUAGUUAUUACAUUGGAUUAUGUCUAAAGUCCGAGCACUUAGCACGGAGAACUUAGCUCCUUAAAAUAAUUUUGCUUUAAGAAAGAGAACAUUCAAGCUCAAGGGUACA